AUGAAAAUGGAGUUGCUCAAUGAUAAUCCUAACAAAGAUCUACUUCAUGAUCUUUGGCGACAAACGUUCAACAUUCGUCGUCUAUGUAUUCGCGAACUAACGAUUACUGAAAUACUUGAACGUUUUCCCGGCUAUUCUCAUCCUGAAAUGAUAUUAGCUGAAGUAAACGAAUCUGUUGGUAUAGAUAUGGAAGAAAAUGUAAAUGCAUUAUUGCCUUAA